AUGAGAUUACCUGUUGCCGCUGAUGGUUGGGGCUGUCAUCUGUAUAAAGAUUCGAAGCGAUCUCAUCGGAGCAAAUUGAUGAUAUCUGUCGCAAGUCCAAGGAAGUCUGGGAUAAACAAGCAGCAGCUCGAACGAAGAAAGAAUCAGACAAACAGCUCAAGCGACCACUUCAUAAGCCCGUCGUGGUAUCACGAGGCUCGAGAAACACCGACUCCACUAGGAGUCGUCGACACUCGGGUGAACGAGACAGAGGAGAAGGUUCGGGGUCCGGGUCAGGACGAAGACGGUCAGACGAGCGAAGCUAUGAUAGCUAUGAUCGACGCGACAACAGAAGGUGAAUCAGAGGCGAAGGAAGAACGUUCGGUUCGUGGAAAUGAUACAAUGGAGUUCAAUGCUGAGUCUGAUCUUCUGUGUGGUUUAAAUCUGUACAUGACUGUUGAUUCUUGCAACAGAGAUGGAGUAGCAGCUACUAUGAGGAAGGAGAGGACAAUGAGGACGACGUAG